AUGGCUAAUCAGUUUAUUGAAUAUACAUCUUAAGAAUUUUUGUAAUUGCAUUCUUACCUUUUAAACACAAAUAACAAUACCAUUGAGUUAGAGAAAACUGUAAUUUUUUCAUAGAUUAUUUGCAGUUCAAGGAAAUAGAAAGGGCUUGUACUACAUUUUCAACAUCUUUAAAAAAAAUUGCGGAACGUCUCCAUGAAUUUGUGAGUAAAGGCACAGGCGAUGAUGACAAUAUCGAAUGUGUUUACUAGUAUUUGAGCAACUUUUUGCUGUAAAAUUCAUAAUAGUGGCAAUAAACAAGCGAAAAUCUUAGAAGUGAAGUUUAUAUAUUUUAUUAUCAUGUCUUAGGUUCUUGAACCAUAUCAAUUAAUCAUGAGCAAUUAUAGAAAUAUAAACUUAAAAUUGUCUUCUGAGAUGAAAGAAUAUAUUGGAAAUAUCUAAUCAUUGAAUAAGCAAAUAUCUGAUUAAUAAGAGGAAUAUAUACGAUUAAUGUAAAAUGCUGAUAAAAGUUAAUUACUAAUGGAAAGAACAGUUGGAGAGAUUGCAAAGGGAAACAAAGGCAAAGAUGAAUUAGUCAGAGCUUCAGAAAGAUAAAUAAAAUUAAAAGAGAUUGCCAUAGAGGCUCAGGAAGAUUAUAAAAAGAUCAUAGAAAAAGGAAAUAAAAAACUUUCAGAUUUUGAUGGAAAGAUUAAAGAUUGGUAUUAAUAAGUAUUUUUAAAUGAUGAAAACAGGUAAAAUUUGUGAUUAAUUAUAGAAUCAAGUUUUCAAAGUAAAUUAUGUUGUCAUUAAUGAAAAAGUUAACUAAUGAGACUGUCUACUCAAUAUACCAGGAUAAGUUAAAUUAAUUAGAGUUACGAGUUAUUCAAAAGCAACCAUUGGAUCUUCAACACUAGAUUUAAAGAUUAUUAAAAAAAAGUGGAAGUAAUUCUUAUAUUUAUUUAAGCUGAAACAGUGUAUUUUUCAUUAUUUGAUUAAAUUAAUUAUGAUUAAAUAAAGAGAGGAGAAUAAAAAAAAAAUAUGCAGUAUGUUGGAAGCGAGUGGACUUUGAUAGGUGAACAACUAACCGAAGAACAAGCUACAAAAAUUUUGCAAUUUAUUAAUGACCUUAUGGAAAAUUAAGAAACUUCAGAUGACAGUGCCAACAAUUCAAGAAAUAGGUCAUAUUCUACAUCUUCAACAAAGUCAAAUUAAUUUUUAUCCCAUGAGUAUUUGGGGGUUAAAUAAUUAAUGUCAAAAUAAUCAGCAAGAUAAUUCUUGAAUAAUUUAUUAUAAAAAGAGAUUGAAAAGAGAAAGAUCAAAUAAUUAAAUUUAUCUGAAGAUUCAUUUAAUGAAGUUAGUUCUAUUUUUAAGCAUGUAUUUUUAAUUUUAGAUGCUGAAUUUGAUGUAGAAGAAUUCUAUAAUUUUUUAUAAUUAUCAUAUAGGAUUAUAAAAGGAGACAACUCUCAUCUGAUCUCAAGUUUUUCAAAAUUGGAUAUUUGGCAAAAUAAAUUGAAAUGGAAAUCUUUAUAUGAGCAUAUUAAAUCUACUAAGUUUUAAUAGAAGCAAAUUUUAGAUCAAUAAUUCAAUAUAGUUAAAAAAGGGUAUGGAUUGAUCAGUAAGGGAUUAAAAAAAAUUACUGGUGUUGUUUAAGGACAACAAUAUUCAGAAAAAGAAAAAUAUCAAUAACAAAAAUACAGUGUAUUACAUGAGAUUGCUACAUUUCUAAGUGAAUUGAAUGUUUCUCCUUAAUUAGGAACUGAUGUGAUUUUGGAACUUGCUUUUCAUUCUGACAUCAAAUUGGAAAAGGUACAAUUAGAAAAACUAUUGCAAAUUUUAGAGGAAAAAAAUGCAAUUACAUUUAAUUAAAAGUAUUCUUCAGGUUUUGGAAUUAAAUAAAGAAAGGAAGAUAAAUAUAAAAGACAUGGAUUAUAUAACCCUUAACUAAAAUUGAUUUACUCAAUCAGAUUAUCUAUUAAAUAUUUGUCAUAUAAAGAUAGACCUUAUCAAUUAUUACUAGUAUCUAAGGCUUUUAAAUUCCAUUUAAGAUUCGCUAUAGAAAAAUAUUAUAUUAUUCAUAAUAGUCUUCCAUAUAUGGAACAAAACUAAUAUUAUCGAGCAUAAAAUCUGAAGGUUUAUCUCAGAACUGAUCAAAAUCACAUGGAUUAUGCUCUCAAAAAGUCUGAAGCAUAAUAAGAGAUAUAAUAAUACGAAGAAAUUAUCGCUAUGGACGUUUAAAGAUCUUUACAGCUCCAUUUUGAGAGGGUUCCUUCAAGCAAAUUACAAUCAUUCCUCAGAACAUAUGCAUUUCAUAAUAAGGAAGUCGGAUAUUGUUAAGGAAUGAACUAUAUCGUUGGAUAUUUGUACUUAACAUUUGAAGAUGAGGAAGUAACUUAUAUAGUAUUUGACUAUAUAAUGAGAAACUAUUUUUCUUAAUAUUUCGAAAAUGAAUUUGAAAUGCUGGUAUUUAUUUAAUAUAUUUCUAUUAGAAGAAGGUAUUCUACCAAUAUGAAAGAUUGUUAUUCUUAUUUUUACCAAAUUUAUAUCAUCAUUUUAAGAAAGUAAUUACAUUAAUUAUCAAAGUAAAAAGUUGAUGCAUCAUACUAUUUAACUGCUUGGUUUAUUACUGUGUUCACUUAGGUAUAUUAGUUUACCUUGUAGUCAGCAUUGUUAAAUAUCAUAUGGGAUAUAUUUAUUAUUUAAUAGUGGAAAGGUAUUUUGUAGUGAUUAGAUUUUAGGAUUUUACAAAUGUGUCUUAUUCUUAUUAUAUUUCUACUAAAAAGAAUUAUUGCAAUUAGAGUUUGAUUAAAUUCUUCAUUUUUUGAGUGAAAUUAUCAAAAAUGAAUUAUUUAGUCUUAAAACGGAAUAAUAAGUUUAAGAAUACAUUUGUACUAAGUUAAAAAUACCAUCAAAGGGUCUAAAAAGAAUUAUCACUAAUUAAUUCCAUGUUACAAAUAGUCUUUUGUAAUAAUUAGAAUAAGAAUUUAAUUGUUUUUCUACAAACUUCGAUUCAUAAUUAAAAUAGUUUAAAUACAAAUGA